AUGGGAUACCAAUUGUUUUCAGAAAGGGAGGUAAUAAAAUCAAGACGCUACAUUAUCACGAUUGGUAAUUGGAUUGCCACCAAUGGAGAUACUAUCUUCGCUAAUAUAUAUGGACCUCAUAGCCUCUGUGAUCAGAAGAUCAUGUGGAACGAAAUUCUUGCAGUUAAAAACAAUAAACCUGGGAACUGGAUACUCUUUGGGGACUUUAAUGUUGUGAGAAGGUCGGACGAGAGAUUCAACUCUCAGUUUUGCCCAUCUAGUGCUUCCACGUUUAAUGGGUUCAUUCAUGAGGCAACACUAUUCGGUUUUAGUAUGGGUGGAGAAAAGUAUACAUACAUGAGCAGGGUUGGAGCCAAACUGAGUAAAUUGGACAGGUUUCUAGCUUGCCCUAAUUUCUUGUCAUCAUUCUCCUCAUUCGCGGUCACAGUUCAUGCAAGAGAAUUAUCUGACCACAUCCCUAUCACUCUCAUCUCUAAGGCAUCUGAUUAUGGUCCUCCCCCAUUCAAGAUGUUCAACUCUUGGAUGAUGAAAUAUGGUUUUGACAGUACUAUAAAAAACGUUUGGAGUAGUUUUGUUGGUUAUGGUAACCCGGAUGCAUACCUAGCAGCAAAGUUACGGUAUUUGAAGAUUGAAAUCAAAAAAUGGAUCAGAAUAGUUCAUAAUGAAGAAAAAAAGGAGUUGAAUCUUGUAAAGAACACAUUUUCUCAUCUCAAAAAAAUGGCGGAGACAAGAACUUUAACUCGGUCUAAACUCAACACGCGAAGUGAAGGCUAA